AUGGCCGGCGAGGACUGCAACCGCCGCCAUGGCGCGGGCGAUGACGACGACCGUAUCAGCGGCCUCCCCGACGACCUCCUGCGCCGCAUCCUCCUCCGCCUCGGGUCCACCCGUGCCGCCGCGCGCACCAGCGUCCUCUCCCGCCGCUGGCGCCGCGUUUGGGCCCACCUGCCCGACCUCCGCCUCGGCACCUGCGACGACCAUCCAGGGGCCACGCGCCUCGACACCGUCGACAGCGCCCUCAACGCCUAUGACGCGCCGGCCGUCCGCCGCCUCGACGUCGCCAUGCACUGCCACGGCCUCCGCGUCAGGGCGUGCCGCGUCGCCACGUGGCUGCGCUUCGCCUCGCAGCACCGCGUGCGGAAGCUCGACAUCGAGGUGCCCUCCCAGACCAGGUUCACACUCGAACAACGGUGGCGGCUCCGGCUCCGUUCCGCCGGCGUGUUCGUGGCGCUGACCGACCUGCAUAUAAGCCUCGCCACCAUGGAAGCUAGCGAGCUUGGGACGCUCGUGUCCUCGCAGUGCCCGCGCCUGACGAACCUGAACCUUCUCGUCACGCUGGCUGCUGCCUCCAAUGUCUGCAUACGCUCGGACUUGCUCCGUUCCCUGCAAAUCCGCGUCGAAAAUGUCCACCGGCUACAAGUCAUCGCCCCUAACCUGGAAGUGCUCGCCGUGUCUGACGCCACCGAGGCACAUGUCUCUGCACCGAAGCUCAACGAGAUAACUUGGGACGGUGGCAUCGCCUAUGACCCUCGCCGCCACUGCUUCGCCGAUGCUGGCCGUCACAUCCGUCUGCUAGACCUGGGCUCAAAGUGUGUAGCUGCUUCUCUGUUGCAGCGAUUUGACAAAGCUGAUGUGCUGAAACUGAACCUGAACCUCUGCGACAGAACGGUGCGUUGGUAUCACUGA